AAACAAGUAAGACACCGUGAUCACUGGGCAGCCUCGUUGACAGCGUUGUCUCUUGUCUCAGGAAUUCUAUUCGCGCUCUGUCUCAGACCUUGCCUGACCAGUAGCACUACUCAGCCUCUGUGGAUCUGCGAUCGUGAUCUCACCAACCGUCACCAUGACCCUCUGUAAUCCGCAACCCCGUGUUGGUCAUUCCCCCGCCAUCACGGUCCGCACACACUACCGCAGGUACAAUGCACCCCGAUCUCGAUGUUCGCGUGCUGUCUGCCAAGGGCACCCAAGAUGGACGCCGGGUGAAAGACGUAACGACUGCAGCAGAAGGUUUGCUUGCACGUCAUUUGAGCUCCGGUGACUACGGAUCGCCGGGUAGUUGUCAGUCAUAUAUCGCAGCCUCAUUGUUGAACUCUCGUCCAAAUAUAUCGCAGCCUCAUUUCCAUACUCACAUUUCAACAGCCUAACAGAAAGCAAAUCAGCAACAGCAAACAUGGAGAACACCGCUGAGGACCGCAUGCACGCCGCCCAAGGACACAAAGCGAACCUUAGUAACCCAAACACUUCGGAGGAGUCCAAGAAGAACAGUCGUCAGGCUCUGGAGCAGCUCGGCGGCGAGGAUGCUUUCUAUGGCAAGAAGGGUGACGACGCGCCUGCAGCGGGCAUGGGCGAUGAUAACCGAGUGCUCGGAGGUCACAAGGCCACUUUGAGCAAUGAGGGUACCUCUGAUGCCGCCAAGCAGCACAGCAAGGAAGUCUUGGAGAAGAACUCCUAAACGUUACCUUUACGACAUCGCACGACACGACGAAUAGGUUCGAUAUGUAUGAAUAUCAGAUAGCAGUGUAUAUUACGGUCAAAGGUCGAAAGAUCACCUAGCAAAUC